CAUUGUCUCAGCUUUGUUGUUGGCUGACCACAUACAGCGGGAACAGUGUGACUAGGAGGUCAUCGUAAGCAGAAAAAAAGUGACCAUCCAAAAAAGAUUCGGAUCAAGAAGAGGUAGAACAUAGCAGACCUCACUCGCAGAACACCAUCAUAUAACCUCGCUUCUCAUAUUUAGAGGCUUACUGGCUCACAUUUAAGAUGAGGGCCAAACGCUCCAAGAAGUAUCGCAAGCUGAUGCAUCAAUAUGAGAUGGCAUUUGGCUUCCGCGAACCAUAUCAAGUCUUAGUCGACUCGAAUUUUCUUCGCGCUGUCCAUUCGUUUAAGAUGGAACUGAUUCCUGCACUUGAGCGUACACUUCAAGGACAAGUCAAACCUUUAUUGACGAAAUGCUCUCUGGCGGCCAUUAUGGCAUCUCAACCUAUCAACCCGAAGACCAACAAUCCUUACCGCCCAACACAUCUCCCUCCACCCACGAUCCUCCCAUUGCGACACUGCUCGCACAACGAAAACUCAACGCCCAUUGACGAAGUGGAAUGCUUGCUUUCAUUACUGUCACCUUCUAAAGAAGUCAAGCGGAAUAAAGAGCACUAUACUCUCGCGACUGCAGACCCACCUGCCCCCGCCAAGGCCGACUCUGGCGAUGGAAAGAAGAGAAAGCGAGGGGAUGAUGAGGGACGGGAUGCGCUGCGACGGGCGCAGAAGUUGCGUAUCGGGGCACGGUCAAUCCCCGGUGUACCGAUUGUUUACGUGAAACGGUCCGUCAUGAUUCUCGAGCCAAUGAGCACGCCAUCCGAAGAAGUACGAGACGGAGUUGAAAACAGCAAGUUCCGGGCGGGGUUGAAUGAUGAAGCAGUGUUAGGCAAGAGAAAUCGGACCGAGGACGGCGAGGAGAAGAAGAAGAAGAAGCGAGGGCCGAAGAAGCCCAAGGGGCCUAAUCCCUUGAGUGUGAAGAAAUCGAAGAAGAAAACGGCAGAAACGGCCGGUGGGCCGAAACAAGAGAAUCAGAAGGAACAGAAAUCAGACGAGGCGCCGGACAGGACAAACGAUGACGGUGAAUCAAGCGCACCCAAGCCAAAGAGAAGACGGCGCCACCAUAAGAGUUCCAGAGGGGAUGGAAAUGAUGACCACAUCGGUGAACCCUCAAAUGGGGCAGAGGCCGCAACGGCUCCGAGCGAAUAAUUGUCCCUCGUUGAGCUUGAGGUAGAUCUAUAUUCAUUGGUAAGGCGUUUGGUUGGCUAAUGCACUUAAAAGUACCGUCCUCAAGCUAUGUAUAUUCUGAAUUUAGACAAUCUGAUAUCCGUCAAUCUCAUUG